UGAGCUUGCUACACAUAAUCAUCAAUUCAACUGGAAACACGAGGAUGCUGUAAAACUGGAGUUAAACUCUCCAGAUGCCAUUGGUUGUAUAAAAUGUGAGCAUCAUCACAUAAAACCAGAACAUGCUGUACACACUGAGCAGUCAGACUGCAAACAUGAGGGAUCUGUAAAGCUGGAAUACCACGUGCAAGACCUAACUUGUUCAGUUAAGACUGAGCAGGAUCCCAUGCUUGGUGCAAAUACAGAAGAGCACCUUGCGUUUAAACAAGAACAAAAAAAUAGUCAUAUAGUGAAGUCUGAGCAGGAUCCUGUGCUUUGUACAAAGACAGAAGAGUUACUUGUGUUUAAACAAGAAGAUGAUAGUCACAUGAUGAAGACCGAGACUGACUCCCCUGCUCACCAUACAGUGGAGCAGCAUGACAGUGAAGAGAAAUUUCAAGAAGCAAGUGGUGAUAGGUGUAAAGUUCUUAAGACGGUGGAUGUUAUAACAGAAAGUCAACAACAUCAGACAAAUCCAGCUGUUACUGAAGUUGCCAUUGAUUCAGGGACAGGAAUUAACAGUGAUGCUAAACUUUAUCAGUGCCAAGUGUGUUUAUCUUCUUUCAGCUGCCCAACCCUGCUCAGGAAACAUGUGGUGAUCCACUCUGAUUUUCAAGCUGAGCAGUGCACUCCAUGUACGGUUGUGUUAGAAAGAUUAGAUACUUUAAAAAACCAUACGGUAACCAAAAGUAGAGAGAGAUCUCACCAUUGCAGUUUGUGUAAAGCUAAGUUUAUGUAUUCAUUUCAGUUAAAGCGACACAUGCCGACCCACAGUGAUGAGAAACCGUGUAAUGUCUGCAAAGCUCGUUUUAAGAGCUUAUACGCUCUAAACAGGCACAUGUUGAUCCAUGGUGUUAUGAAACUUUACCACUGUAGUGUAUGUCAUGUACCUUUCAGAACAUCAGGUAGCUUAAAAGUUCACAUGGUGGCACAUAGUGAUGCGAGACCUUAUCAGUGUGACUUGUGUAAAGCUGCAUUUAAGCUCCCAAAUCUGUUAAAAAAACACAUGCUGACCCAUAGUGAUGAGAAACCUCACCAAUGUACUGUAUGUCAUUCAUCCUUUAAAAGAUUAGAGUACCUUCAAAGACACAUGAUUACUCAUAGCAGUAUUAAAAUUUACCAGUGUAGUGUUUGUAAAGCUUUUAUAAAACACUUACAAGCUUUCAAAAGGCACAUGUUGCUCCACGGUGUUGUUAAAACUUACCAGUGUAAUGUAUGUCAUGAACCUUUCAAAACAUUAAGUGGCUUAAAACAUCACUAUCUGACUCAUAGUGAUUUGAAAAUUUACCAGUGUAGUUUGUGUGAAGCCCUAUUUAAGCUCCCAUCUAAGUUAAAAUCACACAUGCUGACCCACAGUGAUGAGAAACCUCACAAAUGUACUGUUUGUCAUUCAUCCUUUAAGAGAUUACCGAACCUUCGAAGACACAUGAUUACUCAUAGUGAUAUGACAUCUCACCAGUCUAAUCUCUGCAAACCUUCUAUUAAGACCUCAUACAGUGUAAUAAGGCGUAUGUUGACCCACGGUGAUAUGAAACCUUACCAGUGUUCUGUAUGUCAUGUAGCUUAUGAAAGAGAAGACCUCUUACACAUGCACAUGGUGACUCAUAAUAUGAAACCUUACCAGUGCAGUUUGUGUAAAGCUGCCUUUAAAGCCUCAUAUCGUUUAAAAUCACACAUGAUGUCCCACAGUAAUGAACGACCUCACCUGUGCACUGUAUGUAAAAAAGCUUUUAAAGUAGAAGGAUACUUAAAACGGCACAUGAGGACUCAUGCUGGAUUGAAACCUCACCAGGAUGUUGAUGGCGAAGUCUGCAACGAUCAUCUCACACUUCAACCUUGAUGAACGUUUAUAACACAUUUUCUUUUUUUAGCUACAGACAAGGCCUCAUCAUCAUAAAGCUAUGUUCCUGUUUGUCUCUGUUGUGUGGUAUCUGUGGUUUCUCUCACUAUCAUGUGUAAAUGUAUUAGAAGCAUUUAACUGAUGUUAUCUAGCUGAUCACAGUCACAUUUCGAUACUAACAAGAUGUCAAACUAGGAAACUAUGAUACCAAAUUAUGAUGAUAAAACAGGAAUGCAAGUGUGUGAAAAAUGAAAUGUUUUUCUGUCUUACUACUUUGAUAUUUAAGUUUUGGACUACACUAACAACAUGGUAAAACAGAAAUAUUGAGUAAGAAAAAGUAUAUCUUACUAAAGUAAUGUUAAGGCAUGGUGUACACAUUUAGCAAGUGAAUGAGUUUUUUGUAGGUGUAGGUAUUGUUUUACUUUCUUGAUGUAUUAGGUAAUAUUUAGGUCAAGUGGAAUUUGUACCCAAAAAUAGUAAAGAUAACUAAUAUUAUGUUGGUGGCCUUACGCCUAAUAUAUUACAUACUAGUUAACAGAUUCUAUCCUCACUAAAAGGCUUGUUUCUUCUUCUGCAGUGUUGUCUAACCAUAAAAAUAGUAAGGCUAAUAAAAAAAAUUAUGUACACAACGUUGUCUGUCUUGUUUUCUGCAAAAGUAAUUACAUCAUUUAAGAUAAAACUGCCAUGAGCCAAAAUCAUAAUCAAAGCUUCCGGCCAUUGUGGAUAACUGAGACAAAUGUUUUGUAGUAAACAAUUAAGUGUCUUAAAUGAUGGCAUAAAAGUUUUGCCCCAUCUCACAAUAUAUUUAAUGCAACCAAAAUGUUCGUCACAGAAUCCAACCACCAUCUUAGCUUCUUUCAUCACAAAUUAUACCCACCUAUUAUCAUCCAAGUCAACAUAAGAUGUCAAUCUGAUGGUGAAGUCAAAACAAGCUAACCGGAUGCAGCACUGGCAGGAAGACUCACACAUGAUAGAAUUGUUGCACGGUUAUUCCUAGGGUAUGUGUAAAGAAAUUUUAACACAAGAGCAGCAAAAUGUAUACCUUCAGGGAUUAUCAUACAUUUAAGAAAAUUUUUAUAAUGGCUUAUGCUCAACAACUUAGGCAAGAGCUGUGAGAGAGUGUGUGGUUGAACUAACAGUCGACAAAUUAAUAACA